AUGCCGAAAGGAAAGAGGCAGAGUCAGCAGCAGCCACCUCCACCGCAGCAGCCCCCGCGGGAAGAGACUGGAGACGAGGAGGAUGAGAGUCCCAUAGGACCACCCAGCCUUCUGGGCCCUCCCCCCAUGGCCAAUGGAAAGCCUGGUGGCCCCAAGAAUGAAGACUCUCUUCACAGAGGUCCUCCAGGCUCAAGGGCACCAAUGAUUCCACCACUGCUGAGUCUCCCACUUCCUCCCCGGGGCAGAUGCCCAGUUCGGGGGGGCCUAGGCCCCAGAUGUGGCCCAUAUGGUCGUGGUUGGUGGGGGGCCAAUAUUGGACCUCCUUUUCCUGGACCAGACCAUGGGGGUCCUUCCAGGGGAGGCUUUCACAAAGAGCAGAGAAAUCCUCGAAGGCUCAAAAGUUGGUCUCUUAUCAAAAAUACCUGCCCACUCAAGGAUGGCCCCUAAGUUAUGGAAGACAAAUCCAACCGCCGACACUUUGCCACAAAGGGUCACUGUCGAUAUGAGGACCUCUGUGCCUUCUACUACCCAGGCGUCAAUGGACCUCCUCUGUGAGACUGUGCCUUCCCAUCUGGGCUGGAAGGAGCCCUCUGUGACCUAGCAGCCAUAUAUUUCCCUGUGGCCCUGGGAUGGCUACCGGGAGGCUGUUCCACCCACCACCCUCAGUCAGUGACACCCACCCCCAUCCGCCACCUCCCCAUUUGGGGUCCAGAGUUGUGUUUCAUCACUGGGGCCCAGGGUGUCGUCUUUCUUCUGAUCCAGCCUCCAGUGACUCGCCUUCAGGACCCCAUCUUUGCUCCCCUUAACUGCCUCCUGGAUCCUCUUCCCCCUCACCAGCGGACUGCUGAACAGGAAACCUCUUUGGUGCUAUUUCUUGUGCAUCUGCCCACCCAGCCCCCGGUACUGCCCUCGAUUCCAGAAAGCUCUGGAGCAGUUUCCUACCGUUGCCUUCUGGCUGCUUAAGUCCUUUUUAUGUGACAAACCUUACCCUCAAAGUUGCCAGUUACUCCGUGAAACUCACCAGGUCGAUCUGGGGUCAAGUAUGGAUGACCCGUGUAGAGUUACUUCCUGAAAGGCCACUCUCCCUGCUUUUGGAUUUUGUAGUUUCUGCGUCAGUAGCACGAUCCCCACCUCUCUGGUCUGUGAUCACUGUGCUUUGUGAAACUGUGCAUCCCUUCGUACG